CUCAAUGUUUGCAAACAAAUAGGACACUUCCGGUUUGAGAAACUGAAAGUAAUCGCGUGCUUACACGUGCGGAACACUUCGGACUGUUACAUAGAGUUACAUAAUAGCUUGAGAUGACAAGGCAUGGCGUCGAGAACGUCUGCAGCUUUAGAGAUUAGAAAACUUAGGAAGAAAUUGAGACAGAUUGAGCAUCUGGAACGGAAAGAGGGCGACUUACUUGACGAGGAAUUAACAAAAAUAUCAAAGAAGACAGAAAUCCGCGAGCACCUGCUGCGAUUGCUGGCGACUGCUGAGGAUGACAAUGAAAGUUUUGAAGCAUCGACACAGUCAAACAUGACUAAUAAUAGCAAUGGAUCUAUGACAGAUCUACAGGACUCGGAAGUAUCUGCCUUCAACGUCACCGUGGUGUCUCCUGAAAAUGAAGAGGAUGGAUUUUGUGUGGAUGUUGAAUCUCUGGACGUGGAAAUCUGCGAGGAAACCGAUGAUCACGGUCCACAAGUGGUGGAGGUAUUCGGUAGUGUAGAAACACCACCUCGAGGAAAUCCCACUGGAUUGACUCCCACAAAAGAGGCUGAAAUAGAACAGAACAACCCUUACCAUGUGUUUCCAAGGGAAUCCAUCAAAUCAGGCAAUGUGUGUGGAGGUAGUCCCCCAAAAGAAAAGACGAAAGCAAAGAAAAGCAAAAACACAGAAGAAACACAACCCUGGAGUGGCUGGAGAGACAGCGUGUUUUAUGUGUCAGAAUUAGAGGGCCACAAUGACCUAAUUACAGACACUGACACACAGGGGACCACUCUGGUGACAGCAAGUCGAGACACAACAAUAAAGAUGUGGGAUUUGGAGGGACUGAGAGAGAUGCGAAGUUUUGGGGGACACACAAGCUCCGUCAACUCAGUUGUUCUGCUCUCACCUGAACACUCCAACAAAGUUUGUGAAGCCAUGAGAAUUCCCCUGACAGAGGGCAGAUUGAUCCUCAGUGGGUCCACCGACUGUCACUUUAAGCUGUGGUGUAGCUCUACAGGAAAGAUUUUGCGAUCCACCUACACAUUUAGUCCUGUGACCAGAGUUGCUUACCAUCCUGUGGCUGAAGUCUUCAUAACAGGCUCAGAUGGAGGAAAACUGGAAAUGUGGGAUUUACAAAGUGGCAAGAGUGUGCAGAGCUUGCAUGCUUUUGAAGACAGCGUGUCGGGUGUGGAGGUUGAUGGGCUGUGUGUCUACGCCUCCUCCGGGGAUGGGUAUAUCAAAGUGUACGAGAUUAGGGACAAAUGUUUCCACUGCAUUUUCGAGUCUGACAAUAUCAGGUCAACAGAUGGCUCUGCUCUUUGCAGUCGUGGGAUCCGGGGAAUGACCGUAAAGAAUGAUGUUAUCUACUAUGGUGACGAUGGACCGAAUGUGAAGGCACUCACUUGGAAAUCAGGUCUUGUUCAUAAAUUAGGUAACCAUAAUGAAGACUUUGGGAUCACAGACAGCCUGACGUGUAGUGAUGGAAUUCUGCUCGCCUCGGCUUUCUGUCUCGAUACAGGACUAGCAUAUAUAAACGUUAGAUCUUCUGAUGGUGAAAGAUACCUAUGCAGUUUAACUGAUGCAGAGACAGACAGAAUUUUGUCCAUCUGCUGUUCCAAAUUGUCGGAGGAUGCAUUUGUAAUAGUGUCAGCAGGUGUCCAACUAAAGGCAUGGAUUAAAACCUCGAGUCCAAGGUAUAUCCGACCCGGCGCCAGGCGGAUUAACUCCUCCUAUUACCCCCGGCUUAACAAAUCUCCGCGGCAUUCAGAUAUCGAGUCGGACCUUGAAAGCAGCGACGCGGGAUCGGAUGACUCUAUCGAGGACGAACCCAGUGCAGAAAGGAAAUCAUGGACGGCCUGGUGUAGCAUUGUAUAGACGGAUCCUGGACACAAAAGCUGGGAAGGCCAAUUGCUGUUUUUGUCCCUGACCAGCUUCAUUGAUUUGGACCUCUAUUAAUGGACGGAGGAAAAAAUGAAUAAAACUCAUCAAUUCUUUAUGGUCACCACUCCGGUUUAUCACAUUGGCCUGUUUUCUGUCUUUUGGGGGUUUUAAAAAAAAAAAUUGGGGGGGGGGGGGUCAUUGACAAUUUUAGUAACUAGUAAGAAGAAUGAACAAUUAAGGAGUGCCUUUACAGGUUUGCGGGAUUUGUACUAGUGUAUCAUGGGUAAUAAAGAUGUUUGUACUAGUGUAUCAUGGGUAAUAAGAAUGUAUGAAUGGAAUUUCAAAUUUGAAACGUCGUUUAGAUUGGGGUGUUGAUAAUUUCUGUAUCAAGUCUUCCAGGGUCUUUGGCCUGUAAUAUGCAAGGGGGAAACAAACGUUCAAUUCCCGACAGCCGUCUGUUGAUUAUUGAACAUGAAUUGCUUUUUUAUGUUCCCGUAAAUAGUAAUGGAUCGCCAUCACUCUGUCAUUGACUUGUAGGGAAUACGUGGCUAUUAUAUAAAUAUAUAUAUAGAGAGAGAGAGAGAGUUAAACACAACACACCUAGUCCCAGGGUUAUGUAAUAAACUCAGACUCAAGUCAAAAUUUCAAUCACCUGUACAUAAGGUGUUCAUUUCGUUUGAACUGAAACUCUUAAUUUGCAGACACUAGAAGUUUGAUGAAGCAAUAUUGAAUAACAAUUUUAUUUUGGAAUGACUAAGUUCUCAAUCCUUUCAUUACAAUAUUCAGAUUUUUUAGAUGUUUCACGAUCCUGGGGCCAGGCACAUGUCCUGUGGUACUUUUAUUUAUGUAUUAUUAUACAUCCAUUUUUGUGGCUGACCUUGUAAUGACUUUUGCUGUAUAUGUUUUAUAGUAUGAACGUUAUCUUAAUGAACUAAUUGAUACAACUUUCGUGGAAUUGGUUGGGUUUUUUUUUUUUUGGGGGGGGGGGGGGGAGUCGGAAGAGAUGAUUUCACCAAUUUCUAAAGUUUUUGACAAGCAAGAAAAAAAGAAAACAGAAGACAAAUUUACUCACAUUUGCAUGUAUAAAUAAUGAAAACCAAAAAACAAAGGGAAAGCCCCCCCCCCCCCCCCCCCCCCCCCCCCCCCCCCCCCCCCCCCCCCCAUUCUACUUCUCUGCAACUUAGGAUUAAUAAUGAUCCAAUAUUCAGUGGGUGCAGAUCUCUGAAAAGGAAGUAUGAAACAUGAGAGGUCCACAAUCUUUAAUAUUGAAAAGGAAGUAUGAAGCACAGAUGAAAGGCCACACUACACAGUAUCUUUAAUAUUGAACUGAACAUCCUGGGUUGAGUGUAAUUCGGUUGAGAUUUUGGAUGCCGUUUACACCGGAUUUUGGGAUGCCAUUUACACCGGAUCUUGGGUGUGUUGAAUACUAACUCGGCUUCCGUUGUUUGAAUGAUUAGUGAUCGUCCAUUCUAAAUGUGUAUCGUGUGUUUUCCCGUGUCCUGGCUUCCUCCUUCUGAAUACUCUAACUUUGUUUUCAUUCAAUGUUUUGAUUUUAAUCUGUUUCUGGUCCCCCUUUAAGGACCAGGAUGGUAUGUUCUGUGUUCAAGGAAGGAAAUGUCUUCUGUUAUAACUUAUAAUUAAUCUUCUCCACACCCUUCCUUUUGAUGCAUCAUUGUAAAUUUGUGUUGUGAUGUGUUCGUGUUUCUGUGCACACAGGCUAAACAGAAUAAAACUUCUACUUCUGGCAA